UUUUCACAGGUGGAAAUCUGUGAGAACCGGAGGCCUGGAUGCGACUGGAAUUCAUUGGGAAGAAGACAAUGACUGUUCUGGCAGAAAGCGAUCCUGGGUUCAAGAAGACCAAGAUCCUCAUGCAGAGGACUGUGUCGUUGUCUCAGAUGCUGAAGGAAGCGAAGGAGAAGGAGCGGGAGAGACUCAGCAGCCAUCCCAUCAACGAGCCCACAGCUCACUACGGCAUCCUCUUUGACGACUAUCAGGGUCUGUCCCACCUGGAGGCCCUGGAGAUCUUGUCCAACGAGAGUGAGGCCAAGGUCCAGGAGGUCUUGUCGUCCUUAGAGGGGGAACCGCUGGAAGUCUUCAAGAAGGAACUUAUUGCCAUCAAAGACAUCUUUGUGGAGAAGGACUUUGAGAAGGAAGAGGAGACAGAAGAGAACGCCACUGAUGGAGAGGAGUUUGUUAGCAUUCUCACAGAACUGCUCUUUGAGCUGCACGUUGCUGCUACUCCAGACAAACUCAACAAGGCUCGAGUGCGUGCUCAUGACUGGGUGAGGGAGGUGGAGAAUCCCAGUGCGGGCAGACCUGCAGAAGAGGAGCCAAAGGUGGAGACUGGUGAUGAACUCGCUGCUCUCCCUUCCCCAGGACAAGAGGAGGAGACCAAAGGGGAGGAAACCAAAAGCCAGUCGGUGGAGGAUGUGUACCUGUGCUCGGUGGGCAGUCUGGCUGAGGUGACGGCGCGGAGCAUCGAGCAGCUGCACAAGGUAGCUGAGCUUAUCCUGCAUGGACAGGAUGUGGAGAAGCCGGCGAAGGACCAGGCCCUUGUCCUUGUCAAGCUGACCAGUGCCAUGUGCAAGGAGGUGGGCUGCCUCGCCAAGAAGUUCUCUGACACCCUGAUCACCGUCGGGAGCCAAAGAAAAGCUGAGGAACUUAACCCCCUGGUGAACAGCAUCAUUCUUGAGGGCUCCAACAGCACCACGUACAUCGAGAACGCCUUCCAGCUGCUGCUUCCAGUGCUGCAGAUCUCUCACAUCCAGACCAGCAGGACCCAGAGGGACCCGGAGGCCUAGCUGGCGCUAUGAUGGACCCCCCCCCAAGCGAGAUAACGCUUCUCCUGUGUGCGCGAGUGAGCCACUGUAGUGUAGCUGAAAACGCAUAACACAGGACAACUGUGUCCCCCUGGCGCAACAUGUCUCUGCCUAUGUCUGUGUACA